CAUAUAAUAAAUCUCUGUCGUCUAUCUUAGUAACAUUCAUCACAUAGUUUGAUAAAUUCAGGAAUAAAACGUCUACAAAAAUGACCGGUAACAAAAUAACAUCGGUGACACCUAUAGUGUAACACCGUACAAGAUGGCGCGUCGGGUGUUGAGACUUGGAUCAAUGGGCUUCCCUGUUUACUUCGCUGCCGUUGGCCCUGAAGACACCAAAGAUAUUAAAAUAAUGACAAUAGCUGAUCUGCCAAUAUAUGAACCGGCUCCAAAGAAGUAUGUCUAUCAGUUUGUACCUUCUGAACGAAAUGUUUUGCAGAAAGGAAUCGGAAGUGUACGCAGGUUCUUUGCUGGAUAUCAAGAAUCAAUGAAGAAUUUCUCAGAGAAAGUGUCAUAUAAAUGGGAAGUUUCCAAGGCCCACACUUUAGGUCUUAUUGAUUAUAUCCAAAAUGAUCCAAAUGUACUGGCCCGAGCUGGAGUAAUCACAGUGGCUGGUCUAGGUGGCAUUGUAGCUGGUUACAGAGGAGGUAGAAUGAAGAAAGUGGCAUACAGUUCCAUAGCCAUAGUGUCUGCAGCCUCACUCUGCUACCCAAAACAGGCAGCUAAUGUCACCUAUUCUGCAUAUGAUGGAGUUGUUUCUCAAAGCUGCAAACUGUGGAAAUUCUUAACGGCACCACCAUCUGUAUCUCCACCUGAACCUGUCAAAGAAACAGCAGUGAAAGAAGAAAAAGCUCCUGCACAGAAAUCAAACGGGAAAAAUGUUGUGGUCAACCUCACCAAGACAGAUUCUGCAAAAAUUAAACCGGUUGAGAAAGAUUUUGGACAAAGUUCAGAAGAAGAUAAAGACUUGUACACAACUCGAGGUUAACCAAGACAUUUUGUAAUUAUCUACAUUUAAUAUUUAUUUUCCACAAAUUGUCUUAAACUAGAAAACUGAGAAUACAACCCUCUCUGUAUAUAAAUAUAUAAUGUGAAUUGAUAUGAUGGAAUUUAAUAAAAUCUUGUUUUAGAGACCAUAUAA